GGCGUGACAAGCAGUGCUGGUCUUGCUGUCAAAGUGACGUGCCACCCACUAUCACACAAGUUUCCCACUAACUGCGGUAGUGCUGCCUGUUGCUUCAACGGCUCGACAUCUACAAGCUUUGGGGAAGUAGUGAGCCACCUUCGUGUGUCCAAAAGCAAAGAGGCAUCUGCAGCCACCCCUGAGCUGCCAAGCUACUGCUGCUGUGUGUCGGCAGAAACGUGGUCACCAUGCCUCCUAAGCACAAAGGUUUCAACAUGAGGUCCAAGUCCGGGUCCUCUGCCAAUCCGCACCGUAGUACGGAUGGCCUCAAAGCCAAUGGUGGAAACCUUCGGGACAAGGCGACGAUCAACCGUCUCAACAUGUACAAGGCCAAGGGCAUUCGGGACAAGAAGGGGAAGCUAGUCGGAGGAGCCUACAUGAUGAAGAACCGCUCCGGCGAUCAGGCCAUCACGGCCGAAACAGGCCGCGUGGCCCCCGACCGGAGAUGGUUCGGCAACACACGAGUCAUCAAGCAGGAGGAGCUUGACAAAUUCCGCGAGGAAAUGAGCACUAGGAGCACGGACCCGUACAGCGUCGUGUUGAGGCGGAAGAAGCUCCCGAUGGGGCUGCUGCAAGAGCCGGACAAGGUGAGCAGGAUGAACCUGCUGGAGACGGAGAGCUACUCGGACGUACUCGCCAACGGGAGGAGGCGGAAGCGGCCCAAGCUCGGCAGCGGGGUCAACGAUCUGUCCACCUUGCUCGCUUCGGCCGAGGUGGGGCGCAAAACGUACGGGGAGGGGGAGGCGGACACGAACGCGCCCAAGGCGUGGGAGGAGAGGGGUCUGAAGAGGGCGGAGCUCUUCGAAAAGGGACAGAGCAGGCGCAUCUGGGCGGAACUGUACAAGGUGCUGGAUUGCUCGGACGUGGUGAUCCAGGUUCUCGACGCGAGGAACGUUCCCGGAACUCGCUGCCCCCACCUGGAGAGGCACCUCAAGAAGAACGCCUCCCACAAGCACCUUAUCUUCGUGAUCAAUAAGGUGGACUUGGUGCCCACUUGGGUGACGAAGAAGUGGGUCAAGCUCCUCUCCGCGACGCACCCCACCCUGGCCUUUCACGCGUCCAUCACGAACAGCUUCGGGAAGGGCGCUCUCAUCAACCUGCUGAGACAGUUCGCCAAGCUUCACCCUGACAAGAAGCAGAUCAGCGUCGGCGUGGUCGGCUACCCGAACGUGGGAAAGAGCUCCAUCAUCAACACCCUCAAAAAGAAGAAGGCGAGAAGCGUCUGCAAAGUUGCGCCCGUGCCGGGCGAGACGAAGGUCUGGCAGUACAUCGCGCUCAUGCGUCGUAUCUUCAUCGUCGAUUGCCCAGGGGUGGUGUACGACGACGGUGACGACGAGAUCGAGAUCGUGCUGAAGGGAGUCGUGCGGGCGGAGAAGCUUCCUGACCCGACGGACUUUGUACCGGCCAUCCUCUCGCGGGUGAAGGAGGAGUACGUCCGCCGGCUGUACGGGGUGGCCGCCUGGGAGGACGCGACGGACUUCAUGACCAAGCUCGCCGCAAGGUCCGGCCGACUCCUAGCGGGGGGAGAGCCCGACUUCCACUCUGUGGCGGUGAACAUCAUUAACGACUACCAGCGCGGGAAGCUGCCGUACUUCGUGGCGCCGCCGCUGGCCGAGGGCGAGACGCCCAAGAGCGUGGCGGCGGAACCGACGGUAAAGGCCAGCUUCGACGUCGACGCCAUGGCGGCAACCAAGGCCAUCGCCGCCGCCGCCGCGCUAGAAGACGAAGAGAAGGAGGAGGAGGGUGGCAAGGGCAAGGGCAAGGCCGGCGACAGCGGCGGCAAGAAGAAGAAGAACGGCAAGAAGAUGAGCAGGAAGGAGGAGGAAGCGGAGGAGGACCUCGCCGCCGUGGAGGCCGAGGAAGCGGCGAGACUCGCGAGGUUUGAAGCAGAGGACGACGACGAUGACGACGACGACUCGGAGGCGGGGGCUACGGAGAAGUCGACGCCUGCUUCGGCAGGGGGGGGUGCCGCCGCCGUAGCGAGCAGCAAGAAACGGAAAGCGCCAUUGCCGGUUGGCGAAGCUGUAGACGAGGGGGUCGCGCGGAAAAGAGCGGCGAGGGGGGCACGGGGCAAUGCCGAGGAGAAGGAGGAGCCCUCAGGGGGUAAGGGGGUCGGGGCAAAGAAGGCGUCCAAGAGAAGGGCGGCGGACAUGGACGAGGAGGAAGAGGGUGGCGGGAAGCGGGGGGCUGGCAAGAAGAAGGGCCGCGGCGCAAGUGAGGCGGUAGUGGCACGCGAGGAGGAGGAGGAAGAGGAGGAGGAUGUUGCAGAGGACGAUGAUGGUGCGAUGCCCUCCAUUGGCGAAGGGCUCGCGUGGGAUGACCUGUCGUAAAAAAUAAGUUGGUUUUUAUCCUUUGGAAUUGUCGGUGCCGUCGUGUGUGUGCUGGUUUUCAAUGUUUGUUUUGUUUACGGGAGGGAUCGCGACAGACCAACGUGGCCAACGUUAGCAUUGAAGUGGCGAUGUUCGGGCCGGGUGUAUGAAAGUAUUGGCAUCCCCGCGGAGCCUCCUGGGGAAGUAAAAACGACCGCAAAGUCUUAUACGUGUUCGGGCGGCUUGGGGUGUGCCAUCGUACCCCGUGAUUCACGAGUUCAGCGCUGGACUCUCCUGUGUUCCCUGGCAAUUUAUACUUGGUCGCAGAGAUCGUAUUGUGUUUAGCGUCGUCGGAAUCUGAUCGUAUCAGGUACACCGGGCACUCCCCGACAGGGUGGCUACGUGUAUUGGUUUGUGUCGGCCAAGGGUAUGUGAAGCCUAUUAAUAGGAGGGUGUUCUAGAAGGUAGACGGAGCUGGGUCAGUCCUCGGUGCUGAACGUCUUCUUUCCUUCUUCUUGAGCGGCCAACGGUGGCGCGGCCUUUCUGUGCUCAUUGUAACCAUGCUCUGAACUGGGUGUCUUGUUUUUUUUCUCGUCUUUCAAAGACUGCAAUACAAUCGCCAAAUUAUCCUGGACCUAUCAUCCCCGGAUGGAUAAACAAACAAGUGUCGCAAAAGACUGGCGAUCCAAUCUGUGGUCGUACUUGACCCCGACCAUAUUUUCAUGUAACUCAUACAACGUGUUCAAUCGCUUCUAAUACAGAGGGGGCUCGCUCUGAUGGAAUAAAUCGAGCCAAGACUGUUUCGGUGCAUGAGAAUUCCGAGCGGAGCUCGACAGAAAGACGGCUGGCCUACUGUAAAAAUUCGAAACUAUCCGCCCCGUCCGCCUCCUGCCAUGCCCUACCACGGCCUUGUGUAGCACGGCUUGGCAGGGGCAAGAAAAAAAAAAUCCUAAUGAAGUUCUUGUAUCAUCAGCUUCAACUUGGGAAACAAAAGGCAAGACUUUUCCGUCCGUCAAAGGUGUGCGGAAGGACGAUGAAGUGACUGCACCUAACACACGCGUGUCUUGUCACCAAACUCAAAAGCGUUCCUCUAUCAACCAUCCCACGGUACACAAGAGCACGCGCACACUUCAAUCCCGAGAGCAGCCUGGCCUUCCCCAUGACGCCUUCUUAUGGGGUCCCAGGUCAUGGCCUUUACAAGCAUCACCUGUUUUUAGCCAGCCGCACUGAGACUGGCGUCUU